AUGACUCCGGCCCUGGUCUCCCGUCGCCUCCAGGCCUCUUCGCGGGACUUGGGCCUCUCGGAUCUGCUCCCCGGAGCUCGCCGCCCCCCCAGCCCGGCUUGGCGAGGGCGCCCACCGUCCCGGCCCGCACCCCGCAGGCCCGUCACCAGGCAACAGUCACCAGCUCUAGGGCCUUGGGAAGGCCUACCCUGGGCGCGGGUCCUUCCCUAUUCCCUCCUCGCUAGCCUUAAGAGCCCAGGAGGGAAUGUGGCAGGUGAAGGAGAUCGCCCGGUGCCCGUGGGCGGUCACUCACCUCUUCCCCUCUUUCCCCGGAGGGGCGGUGCUGGGGCUCGUUUCCCCCGCCCCCCCCCAAACGCUUCCUGGCGGCUCCGGUUCAGCCUCAGAGUGUGGCCGCGGCCGCCGACUUACUCCAUAGCCUCCUCCACCGGUGCGGCCUCAAAGGCUGAAGCCGGAGGAGGGAAGGGGGAGGGGAGGGGAGGGACUGGGGAAGAAGAGUACGGGAGGGGGAAGAAGAACGAAAGACCGGGGCGGGUUUAUAAGCCGGGGGAGGAGCCGGAGCGCGAGCUAGUGGCGGUUCUUUCGACCCUGCGCUUCCGUAGCCUUGUCAGCUGGAGCGGGGUUCCCGGGACAUGACCGAGCGGGCGGAGUUUCGUGAGCCCUAGCGGCCCCUUCUGUCGGAAAAGGAAGACAGGUUUGUCUUUGCAUAUUCUAAUGAAUCAUAAAGUAUUUGAACCAGUAGGAAUGAAGCUAUUGAAAAAUGAAAAGGAAUUAGAAUUUGAAAAUUCAAACAGUAGUCUCUACAGAUCUCUAGGCAAUAAAUCAUCUUAUAUUUUUUGCAAAAGAAGAAAAGGAUUCUGCGAAUGGGGAGGACCGGGAAAUGAAAUGAUUUCAAAUCCUCUAGCACAAGAGAUUGGUGAGGAAAGAAUAAAGGGACUUAUUCAUACAAUGAGUGGGAAUAUGGCUUUACCUUCAAAUAUUGUACUUGACAAAACUGUUCUUUCACUUUCAAAAAAAGGUCGCAAAGUAGUUAAUGGAAAUGUUAACUAUCUAUUUGUUUUUGUUUUUAACUCUGGGGUUGACAACUGGUUUAUUAAUGCAUCAUUUAAAUGUCUGGAUACUUUCCUACCAGUUAUAGUUACAGUUAAUCAGCAGUUAAGGCAGGCAAAGAGAGAGGGAAGCAGGCUCCCCGCCGAGCAGAUACUCUUUGAUGUCAUAAUAAAAUACUAUAAUCAAGAGAGAGAUUGCCUAUUAACUGAUGAGUAUUCUGAUAUUCAAUCAGGAAUUAUUGAACUUUUAGAAAAUGGGAAAAGAAUAGAAACACUUGAAACAGCAUAACUGUAUCUAAGAUUGUUACUGCGCAAUGUUAGAGAAGAAUCAUGAGGGCUACUUACCUUUAUAACUCUUGUAUCAGAACCUAACACCCACAAGUUACAAAAACAGUAUGAUAACAAAACAGUGAUUUGCUUUGUCAAAUCAAAGCAGUUUUGCAAAUGA